CGUGGGAGUCUUAGCAUAUUGGGGUUUUCCCUCUUUUCUUCUUCCUGGUUCGAACUGAGUGAGAAGUGAGAACUGCACAAUUGAAACGACGAUCAAGAGUUUGGUUUGAACUUUGAAGUCUGUAACUUACUAACAAUCGACUAACCAAGUGAUCAACGGCCAAGAUGCCUGGAGGUGAAGCUGGACCCAUUGACCUGGACCAAACAACAGCAACAUUGGAACCUGAGAAGGUUACGGGAGGGUUAUAUGUUCCUGGGAAAGAUAGAGUGGUGUUCAAACCUCCUGAGAGGAAAUCUAUUCUAGGCUUAGAUGUCCUUGCUGAUGCCAAAAGAGCGUCUAAGGGUGACAGUGUAUUUAAAGUUCCAAGAGAAAGACCUAUAUCAGUUGCAGCUUCCAUAAAUGAAAAUGAAAAUGAAAACUCUGCUUCCUCUGGAUUAGAUGAGGUUGAGACUGAUAUAUCACAUAGUGGACAUCAGCAUGCUGGUCGUCGUUAUCGUGAAGCGACUUCAAAAGACACAUCCCAUUCAGAAAGUGAUCUGACAUUGGAAGGACCAGUUAGUGAUAGAACUCAUCGUUCAAAUGACCAUGCACGUUCCAAGGUUCCUUCUCCAUCUACUGGAAGUUCCCGGAGUAUUCGUUCUAGGAGUCCUGUUCGUCAUGAUAGAGACGGACAUCAUGGUGAGAGAAAAAAUAUCCAGGAUGAAAUGAGGGGUGAGAGCAGGAGGGUGAGGCAAAGAUAUAGUGAUGACAGUAAAGAACACUCUCAUGGAAGAGAAAAACACAGCCGUUAUGCAUAUGACCAAAAGUAUGGUGGGGAACAUGAAAGAAAACGAAGUAAAUAUGAGUAUUCUUCUAGGAGAACACCUGGUAGAUCUGCCUGGGAUGAUGGAAGAUGGGAAUGGGAAGAUACACCACGGCGGGAUAGUCACACUGCAAGUGAUAGGUAUCAUCAACCUUCACCAUCCCCAAUGCUAGUUGGGGCAUCACCUGACGUACGAUUGGUUUCACCGUGGUUGGGUGGUCAUACACCUCGUUCUGCAGGACAUUCUUCUUCUCCCUGGGACCACAUUUCUCCUUCUCCAGUUCCAAUACGUGCAUCUGGAUCCUCAGUCAGAUCAUCAAAUUCUUAUCCUGGUAGAAGGUCCCAUCAAUUUUCUUCUGAAAAUUCAGAACCAGGUUAUGAGGAUGGGGAAACUGACAAAACCAAAGAACAUAACCAUGAGGUUACUGAAAGAAUGCGUCUAGAGAUGGACUAUAAUUCUGACCGUGCAUGGUAUGAUAGAGAAGAAGGUAAUACAAUGUUUGAUGGUGAUAGUUCCUCAUUUUUCUUUGGGGAUGAGGCUUCAUUCCAAAAGAAAAAGGCAGAAUUGGCCACGAAACUGGUUCGAAAGGAUGGAACACUGAUGACACUUGCUCAGAGUAAAAAAUUAUCACAAUUGACUGCUGAUAAUGCUCAAUGGGAAGACCGGCAACUUUUGAGAUCUGGAGCUGUUAGGGGGACAGAGGUACAGACAGAGUUUGAGGAUGAGGAUGAACGGAAAGUUAUUCUUCUUGUUCAUGACACAAAACCACCAUUCUUGGAUGGGCGGGUUGUUUUCACAAAGCAAGCAGAGCCUAUAAUGCCAUUGAAAGAUCCUACUUCUGAUAUGGCUAUCAUAGCACGCAAAGGAUCUUCUUUGGUUCGAGAAAUUCAUGAAAAACAGAGUAUGAGCAAGUCACGUCAACGGUUUUGGGAGCUUGCAGGAUCAAAACUUGGAAAUAUCCUUGGUGUUGAAAAGACAGCUGAACAGAUCGAUGCUGAUACAGCGUUAGUAGGGGAAGAGGGUGAAGUUGAUUUUAAGGAGGAUGCAAAGUUUGCACAACACAUGAAAGAGAAGGGAGAAGCCGUUAGUGAUUUCGCAAAGUCAAAGUCCUUAUCCCAACAGAGGCAAUACCUGCCAAUUUAUUCUGUACGUGAUGAAUUAUUGCAGGUAAUUCGCGAAAAUCAGGUAGUUGUAGUAGUAGGCGAAACAGGUUCCGGAAAGACAACUCAACUUACACAGUAUUUGCAUGAAGAUGGAUACACUAUUACCGGAAUUGUUGGUUGCACUCAACCAAGGCGUGUGGCAGCCAUGAGUGUUGCCAAACGUGUGAGUGAGGAGAUGGAAACUGAGCUAGGUGAUAGAGUUGGUUACGCUAUUCGGUUUGAGGAUGAGACUGGGCCAAAUACAAUUAUAAAGUACAUGACAGAUGGAGUACUUCUGCGUGAGACCCUGAAAGAUUCUGACCUUGAUAAAUACCGUGUCAUUGUCAUGGAUGAAGCACACGAGAGAUCUCUAAGCACUGAUGUACUGUUUGGAAUACUCAAGAAAGUGGUUGCUCAGCGUCGUGACUUUAAACUCAUUGUGACAUCUGCAACAUUAAAUGCAGAGAAGUUCUCCAACUUCUUUGGAAGUGUACCAAUUUACCAUAUACCUGGAAGAACCUUCCCUGUGAACAUCUUGUAUAGCAAGACACCAUGCGAAGAUUAUGUUGAAGCCGCAGUGAAGCAGGCCAUGGCUAUCCAUAUCACAAGCCCACCUGGUGAUAUUCUCAUCUUUAUGACUGGUCAAGAUGAAAUUGAAGCAACAUGUUAUGCACUUGCAGAGCGCAUGGAGCAGCUUACCUCUAGCACCAAGAAAGGGGUCCCUAAACUGUCAAUACUACCCAUUUACUCCCAGCUGCCAGCUGAUUUGCAAGCCAAGAUCUUUCAGAAAGCCGAGGAUGGGGCUCGAAAAUGCAUUGUGGCCACCAAUAUUGCAGAGACGUCACUAACUGUUGAUGGUAUCUUAUAUGUCAUCGAUACAGGUUAUGGUAAGAUGAAAGUUUACAACCCUAGAAUGGGUAUGGAUGCCCUCCAAGUAUUUCCAGUUAGCCGUGCUGCUGCAGAUCAACGAGCUGGCCGUGCAGGAAGAACAGGGCCAGGUACCUGUUAUCGCUUGUACACAGAGAGCGCCUACCAAAAUGAGAUGCUUCCAAAUCCCGUGCCAGAGAUCCAGAGGACUAAUCUUGGCAAUGUAGUUUUGUUGCUUAAAUCCUUGAAGAUAGAAAACUUACUGGAUUUUGAUUUCAUGGACCCACCUCCACAGGAUAAUAUCCUAAAUUCCAUGUAUCAGCUGUGGGUCUUGGGUGCCCUGAACAAUGUUGGUAAUUUGACAGAUCUUGGAUGGAAGAUGGUAGAGUUCCCACUGGACCCACCACUUGCUAAGAUGCUCCUCAUGGGGGAACAAUUAGGAUGUGUGAAUGAAGUACUGACAAUUGUUUCGAUGUUGUCGGUGCCAUCAGUGUUCUUCCGGCCUAAAGAUAGGGCAGAGGAGAGUGAUGCAGCCAGGGAGAAAUUCUUUGUCCCAGAAUCAGAUCACCUUACAUUACUCAAUGUCUACCAACAGUGGAAAGCAAACCAGUAUCGAGGAGAUUGGUGUAAUGAUCAUUUCUUGCAUGUCAAAGGGUUGAAGAAGGCAAGGGAGGUCAGGUCUCAAUUGUUGGACAUACUCAAAACCUUAAAGAUUCCACUUACCACAUGUGGGCCUGACUGGGAUGUUGUGAGGAAAGCCAUUUGUUCGGCAUAUUUCCACAAUGCAGCAAGGUUGAAGGGUGUGGGGGAAUAUGUGAACUGUAGGAAUGGGAUGCCAUGCCACUUGCACCCAAGCAGUGCACUAUACGGUCUGGGUUAUACUCCAGAUUACGUGGUUUAUCAUGAAUUAAUAUUAACAACUAAAGAGUACAUGCAAUGUGUGACUGCAGUUGAACCUCAAUGGUUGGCUGAGUUAGGCCCCAUGUUUUUCUCCGUGAAGGAGUCGGACACAUCGAUGCUGGAACAUAAGAAGAAGCAAAAGGAAGAAAAGACGGCGAUGGAAGAAGAAAUGGAAAACUUGAGGAAGUUACAAGCAGAGGCGGAGAGAGAAAGCAAAGUCAAGGAGAAGGAGAGGAGGGCGAGGCAGCGGCAACGGGUUUCAUUGCCGGGAUUGCGUCAGGGUUCAUCUACCUAUCUUCGUCCACCAAAGAAGUUUGGCUUGUGAUUGUAUUGUAUGUUAUGUUGUAUCUGUUUAUCGUAUUGUUUUUACUUGAUAAUUUUUACAUUGAAAUGAGAUUUUAUUGUACAUGGAGAUGGAGGAGCGAAACGGUACUCCGUUAAUCCAAUUAAUACGGUGUAACAACCUAGCAGCAUGCAUAAAUAUCAAAUUUACGUCUUUUUCCAACA